GCAGGACUCUGAUGCAUGCCAUUUUCUGACCACUCGUCAAUCGUCCAGAUUGAGCCGCAACCGCAACGUCCAUCCUGAAUUUCGGGGUAGAUGCUCGAGGGUCGCCAAAGCCAAUUGCUCUUUCAGCGACCAGGGUAGCACGGCCGGUGCUACAUACUAACUAUUCCCGCGACCGGAUUUGAACCGACCGAUUAAUCAUGGCGUCCACAACAGCCUCCAUCCCCCGGUUCCUACUCCCGCAAUCCGGCCGGAUCUGGCGCCGGGCGGGCUCGUCGUCCGCUCCGCGCCGCCUCUUCCUCCGCCUAUCCAGCAGCAGCAGCAGCAGCAGUAUUAGCGGCAGCGGCGUCAAACCACCUGCUUCCGGCCCCCGGGUCCUGGCCAAACCAGAACGCUUCAACCCACCCUCGCACGGCUCCCGCCUGCCCAAAAAGAUACCCCCGCGCCAGUACGGCGGCGACCUGACUGCCGAUGAGGCCACCGCCCAAGCAGCGCGCGACUACCCAGGCCUGCCGCCGCCCCCACAAACGCGCGCUCACUGGUUCCUCCACAGCCGCUGGAUCCACGUCGUCAUCACCGUCGGCACCCUCUCAACCCUAGCAAUCUACACCUUCGCCAUCAACUUCCAGGCGACCUCACCCUUCGCCGACCUGCUGCCGCCGGCCUCGGACUACCUGUACCACCCCAUCGGCUCGGCGCGCAUGCUGAUUGAGGUGCUGCGGCUGCACGAGGCGCACAAGACGGCGCGCAUCAGCGAGAAGCGCAAGCGCAACGUCGAGGACGUGGCCAAGCGCGCCGCGUACCGCAAGGCGCACGGCUUGCCGGACGAGAUGGGGCUCUUCAACCAGCCCAUGGCCAAAGUUCGGACUGAGUAUGGGGACAGGGCAGAGCAAGGGGAGGAGGCGGGGAGAGUGGCUUCGGCUGCGGCUGCGGCUGCUGGGGAGGGCGAGGGCGUACGGGAGCAGCAGGCGGAGGGUGGGGAGGGUGCUGUUGUGGUGGAGGUGCAGAGUAAGGAGCCUGAGGUGAGGAGGCUGACUGACGAGGAGAGGCGAGCGGUGGUGGAGAAGGCCAAGGGGAAGUGGCUGGGUAUCUUUUGAUUGAUGAUGGUGGGUGUGAAUUCUGUACUAGACACACACAGGUGGGUUGUAUGUACAUUAGUUGGGGGUGUAUUCCGGUUGGGAUCGGCGCGGAUACGGGCGGAAGAAGUAACAUGGCGGCAAUUCCUUCCUCUUGCCUUGCCCCUCAUCCCUCUUCUCACUCCCUAACUCACUACCCCGAAUCAACCCCCUCCAGCGCAUCUAACACCUCAUCCACCACGCCGCC